CGUCUGUCUUCACUUGUAGUAUAUUAACCCCGCCCUGCCAUGGGCGGUCAUUAGUGACAUUGAGAUUCAAAUAAUUACAGAUACCAUUCAAACCCUCAUUACAGAGACAAUGGGCUUCCCACCAUACACAAAAACCUUCCACACCUCGCCCUACUCCGGCAUUGACCCUUCACGUCCUGAGCUCUCUACAGCUGGAAAGACCAUCGUGGUCACAGGCGGCGGCUCUGGUAUUGGGCCUCGUAUAACCCAAGCAUUCGCAACUUCAGGCGCCACGAAAAUCGUCAUCCUCGGGCGUACUGUUUCCAGCCUCGAGAAGACAAAGAAAGAGGUAGAAGCAGCUCAUACCAACGUCACAGUUUACACCUCAGUUGCCGACAUUACCGAUGAAUCUGCAGUCAGCAAAGCAUUCGAGGGCAUCGAGAAGGCUCUAGGGAAAGUCGAUAUACUCGUCAGCAAUGCAGGUUACUUGCCGGAUACCAAGCCUAUCGCGGAAUGCAACGUCGAGGAAUGGUUCCGGGGAAUGACUGUCAAUGUGAAAGGAAACUUAAUCCUUUCAAAAGCUUUCCUUAAGCACGCCGCCGAGAACCCGAUUUUCGUGCACGUGUCCACGGGUGGUUGUCACAUACCUCCUAUGCCCGCAAAUAGCGCGUAUGCAGUAAGUAAAAUGGCUGCUGCUAGGAUGAUGGAGUACCUCGCUUUUGAGAACCCACAGAUAAGGGUUCAUAUUAUCCACCCAGGGGUUAUCCAGACAGAAAUGUAUAAGAAGAGUUCCGAAGGUGGGCUUGAUUUUGCGUUUGAUGACAUCGAACUUCCUGCUUCUUUCGCAGUGUGGAUUGUUAGCCCUGAGGCAGAGUUUCUACAAGGCAAAUUCGUCUGGUCGAAUUGGGAUAUUGAAGAACUAAAGGCUAAGAAGGAGCAUCUCCUUUCAACCGAUGACCUGACACUUGGUCUUCAAGGGUGGCCUUAGAGGCGUGGGAAUGAGUUGUGGUGAAAGAGGAAUUCUGGGUUUAUGGGCCAUAGAGCGCAGAUUAACAAAAUGCAUAAAGUAUGAG